AUGUCAGAUUCCGAUCUGGACUCACCGAGCGCCCUCGAUCAGUUUACGGAUCACUUUGCUGCACAAGGACAGAAACUCCUCAACCAGACUUCCUCCCCGGAGCAACGUCAAGAUGUAUUAUCCAGAUUUCAAGCCCUCGUCAGCGCACAUCCGAAGAUCUCGGCGCUCAUCGCACUCAACAUCCUAAUCACCGGCGUCCCAAUCACAGUCUUCUUCUUCUUCGCCAUAGGCGUCGCCAUCUCCUCCCUAGUCACCGGCCUCUUCAUCGCAGUAUUCGUAGCAGGCCUAUGGACACUAGCAUGCGUGGGCAUCGCAUUCUCCAUCCUCGUGCCGACAGUCUGCUUCACCACCUUCAUCGCCUUCUCCGUCUUCUUCUGGCUUCUCGUCGCUCUGUACGCCUUCUACGCCGCGAGAGCUGUUUGGCAGUACUUCUCUCUGCCCGCGGAGUCCGCGCCGACAGUCAACGGCACCCCGAAGGGCUCCAACAUUGAAGCGUGGCGUGAUGAGUUCCGGGGCAUCCUUGAUGCGGACCGUAAGAAUCAUGAUUUGAAAGGGCCUUUGGGCAAUAUGAAUGGGAUGAACGGGUUGAAGCCUUGA